AUGGCAGCCACCGAAGAACUCAGCGGUAUCCUGAUGAGAAGACAGGCGAUAAAUGAGAAACUCGAGGAGGGUGUCGAGAUCAAACCACAGUACAAAUUCGUCAAUGUGUUCACGGAGUUCCACGAAUUCUCCAGAAAGGAAAUAAAACAAUACGAGCAGACCUUCAACAAAUUCGACGAAGGGCGAGACGGCUUUUUGGAUCUUAAUGAGGUCAAACGUAUGAUGGAACGGCUAGGAGCUCCACAGACACACCUCGGUCUAAAAGCAAUGAUAUCAGAAGUAGACGAAGACGGAGACAAUAAAAUCAGUUUCAGAGAAUUUUUACUUAUAUACAGGAAAGCGCGGGCAGGCGAACUCGAAUCGGAUUCUGGUUUAGACGCAUUAGCAAGGCUUACAGAAAUAAACGUAGACCAAGUUGGAGUGAACGGCGCGAAGAAUUUCUUCGAAGCAAAAAUUGAGGAGCUCGCUAAAACAAAUAGGUUCCACGACGAAAUAAUACAAGAGCAGGAGGAAAAACGUCGGGAAGCCGAAGAGAAGGCUUUACGAAAACAGAGGUUUAAGGAGAAAUCGGCCGUGUUUCAACAUUAG